UAAUUUUAGAGGCUUGAAUUCACUGACAAACAAUUUACUUUUGAACUGUUUCAACUUUUUAAACCCCUAUCAGUUGUAGUGAACCAUUGGGUAGGGUUUAAGGCCUGACCUCAUCCUCAUCAUCAUGACAUGGUAACCUAUCCAUGGCGGUUUCAGGGCUAUGCUUCGCCUGCAAGCCACAUUUCUCACUUCGUCCUCCUCUAUUUCACUGCUUUCGCAAAGUAAUUCCGAUUCGAUUCAGUUCCGUCGCUGCAAUCGAGACGCUUGAUGAAUCAGUAAUUCAAGGCGCUCACUUUUCUCCUGCAAAAAAUGUGAAUGGAGAAGGAAGCAAAUUGUCACAGUGGAAGAAGCUUAAUUCUCAGGAUCUUGGAAUUAGCACUUCAAAUAUUUCCAAGCCAACAAGGAAAGUUCUUAAUGGGCUCAAAACAAAAGGAUAUGAGGUUUACCUUGUAGGAGGUUGUGUUCGGGAUCUUAUUUUGAAGCGAACGCCUAAGGACUUCGAUAUUAUUACUACAGCAGAACUCAGAGAGGUGGUGAAGGCAUUUUCACGGUGUGAAAUAAUUGGAAGGCGGUUUCCUAUAUGCCAUGUGCACAUGGAUGAUACAAUCGUGGAGGUUUCAAGUUUUAGCACAUCUGCACGGAAUUUUGGUAGGGGCCUAACCUAUGAAAUUGAAAAGCCUGCUGGCUCUGACAAGAAGGAUUUUGUUCGUUGGAGAAAUUGUUUACAGCGAGACUUCACAAUUAAUGGGUUAAUGUUUGACCCAUUUGCUAGGAUAAUUUAUGACUACAUGGGAGGAAUUGAAGAUAUUAAAAAAGCUAAAGUACGAACUGUGAUUCCCGCAAGUACCUCUUUUCAAGAGGAUGGUGCUCGAAUACUACGUGCGAUAAGAAUUGCUGCCCGGUUAGGCUUCAGUUUUUCUAGGGAAACAGCUCAUUUUGUCAAAAAUCUAUCUUGUUUGAUACUGAGACUGGAUAAGUCAAGGCUUCUGAUGGAAAUGAACUACAUGAUGGCAUAUGGUUCUGCAGAAGCAUCUUUAAGAUUAUUGUGGAAAUUUGGGCUCCUAGAACUACUUUUGCCAAUUCAGGCUGCCUAUUUUGUUCGCACUGGUUUCCGGAGGCGUGAUAAGAGAUCUAAUAUGCUCUUGUCAUUGUUUUCAAAAUUGGAUAGAAUUCUGGCACCUAACAGACCAUGCUACAGUAGUUUAUGGGUUGGAAUUCUAGCAUUCCAUAAAGCACUUUCAAACAAACCUAGAGAUCCUUUGGUUGUUGCUGCAUUUAGCCUUGCUGUCCACAAUGGUGGAGAUAUACCGGAAGCGAUAAAUAUUGCCAAGAACAUCAACAAAUCACAUGAUGGUAGCUUUCAUGAGCUAUCUGAACCACAGAAUCUAGGGAAUCUGACAUUAGUAAAUGAGGUUAUGGAUCUUGCUGCAUCUGUUAAAAGCACUUUGAGUGAGAUGACGGAUGAACAUUUUGUCUCUCAGGCAAUGUCAGCAUAUCCUCAAGCCCCAUUUUCAGACCUGGUAUUUAUACCAUUGGCAUUGUAUUUGAAUGUUUGCAAGGUCUUUGAGUGUGUGACAAUGGGUGCGGAGAAGGGAUUUGUAGCAAAGCAAGGUAGCCGGAUUGACUAUGAGUUGUUAGCAUUAGGAAGCCUUAGGGAAACUCGACAUACAUUUGCUAGGGUUGUUUUUGAUACGGUAUACCCUCUUGACCGAACCUAAGCUAAGAUGCUGCAUCUGAAGUAGUUGUAUGCAAUAGAAAUGGAAAUGUCAAAUUGUUGUACGGUAACAUAUGCUAAAGCUCAUUUGUUUCUUGUGUAUGCCCUGCACAAGCACAUGGAAUAAAUUUAAUUGAAAAGCUAAUUGUUUUAUCGCCAUGGGGGGAAGCCUUCCAUGUCCGUAUUGGCCAUUCCUGAUAUGCAGGGGGGAAGUUCAAGGGUGCAGUAAUGCUGGGUUAGUUUGGUUCAUGAAUGAUCAAAAAGGCUUUCUGGAGGACAUAAGUUUCAGCAUUCACCUGUCAGUUACGCCGGACUACAUUGUAAUAAGAGGGAAAUGUGAGAUCCUAGACUUUAUUCUAUCCGUCUUUUUAAUCAUUGGUUCGGCCUCCACUCCUUGUUGCUAAUUUUGUGGGCAUUAACCCUAUAUUAGUUAUGUCAAUGAGGUGAAUCCCCUGAGAAAAUGGAAAGUUAAUCCGGGAAGAUUAUGAAAAUGUCUACUGCGUUUAAAGAACGAAA